AUGGCCCCUCAACUCCCAACUCCGACAUCCAUCCAAGAAGCCCAUGCCUUGAUAACGCCCUACAUCCACCGCACCCCACUCCUCACAAACCGCACGCUCAAUGCCAUCGCCUCAACCCCGCAAUCGCCCGACGCACUCCUCGGAACACCCUACGAAGGCUCGACCCCGGCAAACCCCAAGAUAAACUUCUUCUUCAAAUGCGAGAACUUCCAGCGCAUCGGCGCGUUCAAGGCCCGCGGCGCAUUCCACGCGCUGCUGAGGCUGAUCGAGCGCGUCGGCGAGGAGGAGGUGCGGAGAAGGGGCGUUGUCACGCAUAGUUCUGGAAACCACGCACAAGCCCUGGCCCUCGCCUCGUCCACGCUCAAAAUCCCCGCGUACAUCGUCAUGCCGAAGAUCAGCACGCCCUCGAAAAUCGCAGGGACACGGAGCCACGGCGCCGAAGUGCUAUUCAGCGGAUCGACGAGCGUCGAGCGCGAAGCUGUCGUCGUGGAUGUGCAAAAGCGCACGGGUGCGAUCCUCAUCCCGCCGUACGACGACUUCGACAUCAUUUGCGGGCAGGGGACAACGGGUCUCGAAAUGCACGCGCAGUAUCUUGAUGCUGUGCGCGAGACGCCUGCGCUGAGUGUACAUAGCUCUAGCUCUUCUGGCAGAGAAGGACUCGAUGCAGUGAUCACGCCCAUUGGAGGCGGAGGGUUAAAUUCUGGCGUUGCGACGUUCUUCUCGGAUAAAGCGACUAGAGUGUUUGGCGCGGAGCCGAGUUUUGAAGGCGCGGACGAUUGUCGGCGGGGCCUUGAUGCUGGGAAACGGGUUGAGAGCGUUAAGACGUUGACGAUUGCGGAUGGACUGCGGACGCCCGUGGGUGUGCUGAACUGGGAGGUUAUUUCGGACAGGAGUAAAGUGGCCGGUGUAUUUUCUGUUACGGAGGAACAGAUCAAGGGUGCUAUGAGGCUUGUUUUGGAGCGGAUGAAGGUGGUUGUUGAGCCGAGUGCUGUUGUGGGGUUGGCGGUUUGCUUGUAUAAUGAGGAGUUUCGACGGCUUGUUGAACGGGAGGCGCCUGGGGGCUGGGAUUUAGGGAUUGUGUUUAGUGGCGGGAAUACAACGCUUGAGGCGAUUGGGAAGCUGUUUGGGUGA